AUGAGCACAGACGACGUUGAAGCAGCACGACGAAAGUAUGAAGAGCGACGUCGAAAAAUUCAAGAGGAAGAGAUGAAAGAGCGAAGGAAUGGUAUGAAUCUGUCAUCUGGAGAGGAGGAUGAAGACGUCGACGAUAUGUUUCUGACGGCGUUACAAAGGAAAAGAGAGAAAGUUCAUCGAAGAGCUCUUCUGAAGCAAGUUCUGGCGCCGACGAUAAAUCAGAAGGAAGAAAUAGAGAGGAAACGAAAAAAGAAGGAAGAAGAUAAACAAUCAGAAGAGGCCAAAAAGACACUUUUAGAGAAGCAUGCAGAAAUAAUGGAGACUCAAGGAGUCAUCGAUGAAUCGGAAAGGCAACUUCGUGAAGAAGAAGAGCUUCUUGAUAAAGUAACACGUGGAGGAGGUCUUCUAGCAGUUACAGAACUCGUUAAAGGGGAAAAAUAUGAGGAACCAAUUACCACUGCAUGGCGUCCACCAGGCCACAUCCGCCGUCAGACUCAAACAGAUUACGAAAAUCAGAGAAAACGGUUGGGAAUCAGUUGUGAAGGAGAAACAAUUCCACCACCAAUUGGAAGUUUCCUCGAGAUGAAGUUCCCGAAACCAUUGCUGCAAUUUCUUCAAAAACAGAAGGGAAUCGUCACGCCGACGGCGAUUCAGAUUCAAGGAAUACCUGUUGCUCUGUGUGGUCGUGACAUGAUUGGCAUCGCUUCAACAGGUUCCGGUAAAACAAUGACGUUUGUUUUGCCGUUGAUCAUGUUCUGUAUCGAACAAGAGGUGAAACUCCCAUUUAUGAGAAACGAGGGACCUUUCGGACUCAUCAUUGUUCCUUCGAGAGAAUUGGCCCGUCAGAUCUACGAUCUUAUCAUUGAAAUGUCUGAAGCUAUAGCGAAAGCAGGAUUUCCGGAAUUGAGAGCUGGAUUGUGUAUUGGAGGAGUUCCGAUUGGAGAGCAAGCCAAGGAUUUUAGACAAGGAAUCCAUAUUGUGGUUGCGACUCCUGGAAGACUUUCUGACAUGCUUACAAAGAAGAUUAUCAAUCUGGAAGUGUGUCGAUAUUUGGUACUCGAUGAAGCCGAUCGUAUGCUGGAUAUGGGAUUUGAAGACGAAAUAAAAUCGAUUUUCUACUUUUUCAAAUCUCAACGACAAACACUUUUAUUCUCUGCUACAAUGCCAAAGAAGAUUCAAUUUUUCGCCAAAUCCGCACUGGUAAAACCGAUUGUUGUGAACGUUGGAAGAGCUGGAGCAGCAUCGUUGAACGUACUUCAAGAACUUGAAUUCGUUCGCUCCGAAAACAAGUUGGUACGAGUUCUUGAGUGUCUUCAGAAGACGUCACCAAAAGUACUCAUCUUUGCUGAGAAGAAAGUUGAUGUCGAUAACAUUUACGAAUAUCUGCUUGUAAAAGGAGUUGAAGUUGCUUCAAUUCACGGAGGAAAAGAUCAAAGUGACAGACAUGCUGGAAUCGAAGCGUUCCGGAAAAACGAGAAAGAUGUUCUUGUGGCAACAGACGUCGCCUCGAAAGGUCUCGAUUUUCAGGGAAUCGAACAUGUUAUCAAUUUCGAUAUGCCUGAAGAUAUUGAAAAUUACGUCCAUAGAAUCGGCCGUACUGGUCGAUCCGGUCGAAAGGGUCUCGCCACGACAUUUAUCAACAAGAAAUCGGAAAUGUCAGUUCUGUCGGAUUUGAAACAAUUGUUGGUGGAAGCAGGACAAGAACUUCCGGAAUUCCUCAAGAUGUUGGCUGGAGACGAAGAGGGAAUCGCUCCAGCUGGGACGAACGCAGACAAGGGUUGUGCCUACUGUUCAGGACUUGGACAUCGUAUCACGGACUGUCCGAAACUCGCUGGAAUCGGCAACAAAACGACACAGGCGUUGGCGAGAGGUGGCGGAGACGAUGGUGGCUUCUGA